GUAUAACAUGCCUUAGAGCCAGCCCAGAGGCUGCAAGUUCUGUGUAGUGAGUGACAAUGGCACCCAAAAACAUUGCCCUCUUUGGGGCCACGGGGAUGACUGGGAAGGUGAUACUGGCACAAGCUCUUGAUGCAGGGUACAAUGUGACUGUCCUGGUGAGGGAUCCCGCUCGCCUCCCUACGAAUAAGAAACCAGCAAGGAUCAUUGUGGGGGAUGUGCUGAAUAAGAGUGAUGUCUCCAAGACUGUGGAGGGACAGGAUGCUGUCAUAAUUGUUCUGGGAACAGGGACUGACCUAGGGCCAACCACAAUGAUGUCGACGGGGACUCAGAAUAUUGUGGAGGCGAUGAAGGAGCACGGGAUCCGCAAGGUGGUGGGCUGCAUGUCUUCCUUCCUGCUUUGGGACAUCGCCAGAGUUCCCCCUCGCCUCCUGCCAGUGACUGAGGACCACAUCCGGAUGCACCAGGUCCUGAAGGGCUCCGGCCUGGACUACGUGGCUGUGCUGCCUCCACAUAUUGCAGCUGAUAAACCUCUGACUGCUGAUUACACUGUCAAAGUGGAUGAACGCGGCGGUAAUGUGAUCUCUGUUCAUGACCUCAGCCACUUUUUCCUCCGCUGUCUGACUGCCACGGAAUAUGAUGGAAAGAGCGUCACCUUGUCCCGGGACUACUAAACUUUGUAACUGCUCCCUCUUGUGGUCAUGAACCAACAUUCCCAACUGCAAUCGUUCUGUAGUUGUCACAGAAAUAAACCAGCAGCAAACCUCAGUUGUCCAAACUAUUGUAUUAAACAAAUACAACCCACAAAAUUCUAAUUUCAUACAACUAUGAAGUGAGACUUUCAGAUCUAGAGCACUAAAAUGCCUUAAGUAGUGUUUUAUCAUCUGCUUUGAUGUUCAAUAGAAACAGUGUGAAUUUUCUUAAAUAAGUUUUUCUUCCAACA